GAGAAAGAAGAAGAAAGAGACAGAGACUCAGAGAGAGGCAGGGACAGUGAGAGAAACUGAGAGAGGAAGAGACACAGAGCCAGGGAGUUAAAGACACAGAGAGACAGGGGGAGAGAGGUAAAAGUAAAAGUGCCAGAUAUCCUGAUAGGACGAUUGUUAAAGUGACCUAGGGGAAAAGACCUGUAGGAGAUAUCCAGAGAGACUGCACAGAGUCUCAGACUGGGAAUCAGACAUUGACAAGUCUGACAGAUAAAUCGAAGAAAGGAAAUAAAGCCGGGAGCUGCAUGGAUCGAUGCAUGUGAGUGAGGCUCAGAGCUCGGCUUGGAAUCUCCAUUCAGACAAUCACACAACUUUCCUGUGUUAACAAGAACCAGCCAUGGGAUUUGGAACAGAGUUUAACUGCUCCACCGGACACAAUGCAUUGUUGCGCCUCCAAGAUACUGAACUCAAACUGAUGGACUCCAUGAAAAAAUGGCUUGCACAGCGUUCAAAGAGUGACAAAGAGUAUGCUUCACUACUGCACCAGAUGAUCAGUCUGGUAGAAAAGCAGGAACAGUCUUCACCCCCUGGGCUAUCUGACUACUCAAGCCAGCUCAGCCAGUCAUGGUCUACAAUGGUUUCCCAGACUGAGAACUUGAGCCAGAUCUUAAAGAAACACUCAGAUGAUUUAAACACAGGGCCCCUGAGCAAGUUAAACCUUCUCAUUCGGGAGAAGCAACAGUUGAAGAAAUUAUACAGUGAACAGUGGCAAUUUCUCAACCAGGAGUAUGUGAAGACAACACAGCAGGAGGUAGAAAAGUUGAGAUCACAAUAUCGCAACCAAGUUAAAGAAACCUUACAAGUCAAGCGAAAAUACCAGGAGACAAGUAGAGACAAGGAUCGCGACAAAGCAAAAGAAAAGUAUGUAAAGUGCACAUGGAAAUUGCAUGCUCUCCAUAACCAGUAUGUACUGGCUGUAAAGGCAGCCAAAUCACACCAUGAGCAUCACUUUAAGCAGAGCCUGCCAAUCUUACAUGACUCAGUGCAAAACCUCCAGGAACAGAUGGUCUAUAUCCUCAAGGAUAUUUUGCAAGAAUACCAUGACAUUACAAGUCUGGUGCAAGAGGAAGUUGCAUGCAUUCAUCGGGAAAUUGGUCAGGCCCUUAGCAGCAUCAACCCUAUCAGAGAGUAUGAUAACUUCACCCAGAUGAACAGGUCAGUAACCGGGCUGCCACCCAUGGCAAGCUUUGAUACCAGUUUACUGGAAGAGACAGAUGAUCUACAGGAAGAAGAACUUCAGCUGAAUGACCUCACACUAGAGAGUGUCCAGCAUAUGUUAACAUCUGUGGAAGAAGAUCUAGCUUUAGCCUCGGAGACGGUGCAGACCAGGCAAGAAGCAGUGAGCCAGCUUCAUUCUGACAUUGUGAUCGAGGAAAAGAACACAGAUACCAUCUCACUAAUCACUUUGUUGUCCAAACGCCAGAGUUUACGGGAAGCUCUCAUCCAAUAUCACAUAUCUAUGUGUAACAAGAAUAAGCUACAGGUUCAGAGGGACAUGCUAAAGAAGAAGAUGAAUGAGCUUGGAUCCGAUGAUCCCCCUCCAGCUAUCAAGCUGCAGGACGAUGGCCAGUCCAUCUCAUCAAUAGAGCGGGAAAGUGGGAGAAAACAAACUUUAGAAAAUAUUAAAAACCACAUUUCUGGAAUUUUUCGACAAAAGAUUUCUUUGCCUCCUCUGUUGCCCAUGAUCCCUGAAGUCCAGAAACCUCUCAGUCAGCAGACCUGGUACCAUGGGGCAAUCCCUCGCACCGAAGUCCAGGAGCUGCUGGUGAACAAUGGGGAUUUUCUUGUACGUGAAAGUCAAGGCAAGCAGGAAUAUGUACUGUCUGUUCUGUGGGAUGCGCAGCCACGGCAUUUCAUCAUCCAAUGCGUAGACAACCUGUACAGACUGGAAGGAGAUGCAUUUACAACCAUCCCACUGCUGAUCGAUCAUUUCAUGAAGUCAAAGCAAGCUGUCACCAAGAAGAGUGGUGUUAUUCUAAACAAAGCUAUUGUCAAGGACAAAUGGGUUCUAGAACACGAAGACGUCAUCCUGGGAGAAAGGAUCGGCAGGGGUAAUUUUGGAGAGGUGUACAGUGGGCGCCUCAAUGCUGAUAACACUCCAGUUGCUGUGAAGACUUGUAAAGAAACACUGCCUCCAGAUUUAAAGGACAAAUUUCUGCAGGAAGCCAGAAUUCUGAAACAAUACAGUCAUCCUAAUAUUGUGAAGUUAAUUGGAGUCUGCACACAGAAGCAACCGAUAUACAUAGUGAUGGAGCUGGUCCAGGGUGGCGAUUUUCUAACCUUCCUUCGAAAUGACUGUCCUAAACUAAAGGUGAAAGAUCUGAUCAGAAUGGUGGAGAAUGCUGCUGCUGGGAUGGAGUACUUGGAAAGCAAGCAUUGCAUUCACAGGGAUCUUGCUGCUCGCAAUUGUCUAGUGACGGAAAAAAAUGUUCUUAAAAUCAGUGAUUUUGGAAUGUCCAGAGAAGAGGAGGAUGGGGUGUAUGCGUCCACUGGUGGAAUGAAGCAAAUCCCUGUGAAGUGGACAGCGCCGGAGGCUCUCAAUUAUGGGCGGUACACUUCAGAGAGUGAUGUGUGGAGCUUUGGGAUCCUGCUGUGGGAAGCUUUCACUCUUGGUGCUGUUCCAUACGCUACCAUGACCAACCAGCAGACCAGGGAGGCAAUAGAACAGGGUAUCAGGUUGCAAUCCCCAGAAAUGUGCCCAGAAGAGAUCUAUAAGCUGAUGAUGCAAUGCUGGGAAUAUGAUCCAAGAAAACGGCCCAGCUUCAGCGUUGUACAUCAAGAACUUUUCAGUAUCCGCAAGAGAUAUCGAUAAGUGUUCGAUUGAGACAGAAAGCUCUGCAAUGUCAUUGGAUUGUCCUCUACAAAGAAGAGGUCCUUUCAGCCAUCCUAAUAGUGGGAACCACGUUUCAUUUUCAUUGAACUUCUCAUAUUGAAGCUGUCAAGGACAGAAGCUAUUAAAGUGCCAUUACUGCUGUGGGCAGGACAAGACAUUUUAUCUGACCUAGCAUGCUUCAAUAUAAACCUCUUUGAGUUAUACCUCUUCUUCUUUUGCGUAAUUUUGGACCAAAAUGUAAUGUCUAGUGUUUUUUGAAGUGUCCUUGAAAAAUGGCCACUUAAAUCACUGCAUCUAAAGGUCCACUGCUUAGAACCAGAACUCAGUGUAAAUGAACAUGGAAAAAGGUUCAGGAAUUACAUAAUCCUCAUUGUUUUUCUGGAUAUGAGUUUUACUGCAUCAAAGAAUUCAAAGAGCAUUGAAAAUUGUAACGGAGGAUCUAUGGGCUCUAUGUGUACAUCUACAUGCAUGUAUGCACUGCUGGUUAACAUUUUAAUCACAUGUGCUAUUAGCGGCUCAUAAGCAGAAAUUCUGUGCCCCCAAAAGCUAUAAAAUGACUCUGUGAUUUUAAAUUACUUAAUCUUUUCAAUAUAGCUCACUGAUAAAUGCUAUACCUGUGUCUGCACUCUUUGCACAGUGCCAGUAUCAGUGUAAAUCAAUAUCAUCUAAUCAGCGAGACUGAUAAUCAAGUGUAUUCUUUUCAUUUUUCCCAUUCUGUUUACAGACAGACCUCUGCUAAUGCACAUCUAUUUAACCUGUUCAGUACUAGGUCUAGCUAAAUCACUAAUUGUUGCAGUUCUGUUAUGUCACUGGUUCUGAAUUGAUUACCAGAUAGGGCUGGACGUGCAAAAUGUGUGUUUUUGUUUCAUGAUAUGCUAAAAAUACUACCGUUAUUUCUUUUUAAAAAACAUGAAUUAAUCAUGAAUUCUUUCAUGAAAGCAUCAUAUUGACUUCAUGCCUGAUGCUUAUGAAAGAGCUAACAUAUAUAAACUUCUGAUCAUCUGAUCCUGGGGCCUUCAGAUCAAAAGGCAAACAGUAUCUACAGACAUAAAGGAUCAGCUCUUCUCUGCAAUUCUAGAUACAAAUAUUAAGAGGGGCUGAAGGGGGUAUAACAGCUGAAACACAAACUUAUUAAUGUGAUUCUAAGGAACAGAGAAUAAUAAAUAGACAAAAAAUGUAUUUGUAUGGAAAUUGCAGCCAGAUUUACAUCUAAAUAUAAUUAUAAAGAAUUUUGAUGCUAUAUUCCCUUGAAGCAGAUUAUACUGGGAAACUCCUUUUGUUCUUGUAUUCUUUAACCACUCAAGGACCAAUUGUAUCUCAUGCUAUGCAAUGCAAUGGUUCUUGUAGGUCCUUAUAAACGGCAAUGAGCUGGGGCACCUCUGUGAGACCCGGUGAAAACGGGUAGGAAAUGUCAUGUUUUAGUAAGGUCUUUAACCCCUUAAGGACCAAACUUCUGGAAUAAAAGGGAAUCAUGACAUGUCACACAUGUCAUGUGUCCUUGAGGGGUUAAGGAACAAGUCUGUUAGGUGAAAGGUCACCAUUAGUCCAGUGGUGUUUCAACACAUUUCUUAAAUGGUUACUCCAAGCACCAUUUAUUGAUUUGAAGUAGUCAAGGUUUCGCUGCACAUACAGAGUUCAACCUUUCUGCUUCUGGAGGUGUAACUCCACCUCCAACAGUGUCAUUAACUAGGUCAGAAUUACAGUUGUGGGCGGGCUAAUGUCAAUUAUGUGCAACUUUCAUUGCACAGAAUGUCAGCCAUUGGCUGAGAGUAGUCAGUUGACACUCUCAGCCAAAGAAUGUUGAUGGCCGCUGCUUCUGGCUUUUGAAAAACUGCCAAAGCAGGAGGCUCGUCACCAGCCAACCAUGGAGCAUCAGAGCCUGACGGAAACCCAGGUGAAGGGGGCAAAUGCUUGCUAAACAGUUUGCCCCAUUACCGAGGAACAGGGCCAGAGUACUCUUGACAAUAUAACCACUAACUACAGCAGGCUGUAGCGGUUAUGGUUUUUGGGGUAACAUUUUAAGCUGUAUAUUUACCAUUGUUGCUGUUGCCGAUCCUAAAGACAACUAAAAAAAUAAAAACAGAACACUGAAGCAAUUUAAAUUGU